GUUGGGGAUUGAGGUUUAAUCCGUUCAUUUUUUUAGAUGUCUCGCUAUUUUGUGUACGAGUCAGGUACUAAAAGGUUCCCUAAAUAUCUACUUUAGUAACGUGUUUGUAAAAUGUAUGAAUUAUAUUAGAAGUGUCUGUAAAGGAGAUUCGUUUGUUGUAUGAAUUAUAUUAAGUGUCUGUAAAGGAGGUUACUCCUUAUUAUGUUUGUCUGUAAAGUAGUCUAGGAGAUAAGUUUGAAUAAAAAAAAAAAUGAAGGUGAGCUUGAUCUCUAAAUUCUUAUAUAUACGGCUUUAGUUUAGAUAUAUCUUAGCAUGUGAUGUGUACUUGGUGGUAAAUGGUUAAAAAGCUAAGAUAUAGAAGGGUGGGCAUGGCCAUGGAUAAAUAUGAGGUUGUCUUUAUCUCCACUCCUUUGAUCGGCAACUUGGUUCCUACUGUCGAAUUUGCCCACCACCUGACUCGUCAUGACCCUCGCUUCUCUGCUACCAUUCUCAUCAUCACGGUGCACGAGAGACCAAUCGUCAACCUUUACACACAGUCACUUGCCACUGCUGCCUCUCAUUCUCAGUCGCAUGUCAAUUUCAUCCAUCUCCCAACCGUUCAACCUCCCACUCCUGAUCAGUACCAAUCUUCUUUGGGUUACACAUCCCUCUUCAUAGACAAGCACAAGCCCCACGUCAAGCAUGCCAUCUCCACCCUCGCCUCAACUACUUCUGUUGCUGCUUUCUUUGUUGACAUGUUUACCACUUCCAUGAUUGAUGUUGCCCAAGACCUUGGCAUUCCUUGCUAUCUCUUCUUUGCUUCUCCAGCCAGUUUUUUGGGGUUUAUGCUUCAUUUGCCAGCGUUAGCCACCCAGCUAGCUGCCGACUUUGUUGACUCCCACUCUGGGUUAAUCGCUCCCAAAGACUCCGCAAUUGAGUUGAUCGUCCCCACUUUUUCUAAACCCUUGCCCCCAAGCGUGUUGCCGUCCAGUGUGCUAAAGAGAAACAAGGAUGGCUACUUCUGGUACUUAGAGCACGCACGCAGGUACACGGAGACAAUGGGUAUCGUAGUAAACACGUUUCUUGAACUGGAGCCCCAUGCCAUUGAGUCGCUCUCAAUCAGUGGGUUACCUCCAGUUUACCCAGUGGGUCCGAUUCUGGAUCAUGCUGGAGCUUCCCAAUGGCACCCGGAUGGAGCCCAGCUACAUGAUUCCAUAAUGGAAUGGCUUGAUCAACAGCCUCCCUCUUCAGUGGUAUUCCUCUGCUUCGGGAGCAUGGGGAGUCUUGAAGGACCCCAAUUGAGAGAGAUCGCAAUUGGGUUGGAGCGUUCUGGGUAUCGAUUUUUAUGGUCCAUCCGCGAGCCACCCAAAGGCAAAUUAGAUCUCCCAGGUGAGUACACCAAUGUAGAGGCUGUUUUGCCGGCGGGGUUUUUGGAUCGGACGGCUGGAUUGGGGCUUGCGUGCGGGUGGGUUCAGCAAGUGAGAGUAUUGAGCCACCAAGCAAUUGGAGGGUUUGUAUCACACUGCGGGUGGAAUUCCAUAUUGGAGAGUGUAUGGUACGGGGUUCCUAUUGCAACAUGGCCAGUGUAUGCGGAGCAACAAAUGAAUGCAUUUGAGUUGGUGAAAGAGCUGGGAUUGGGUGUGGAGAUAAGGUUGGAUUACAGGGAGGGCGGUAAUUUGGUGGUGGCUGAGGAGUUAGAAAGAGGGUUGAGGCGUUUGAUGGACGGAGAAGAUGAAGUGAAGGCCAAGGUAAGGGAAAUGAAGAGCAAGAGUAGGAUGGUACUGAUGGAAAAUGGUUCCUCCUGUAAAUCCUUAGCAUCCUUAAUUCAGGAAAUCAGCGGUAGAAUACAAGGUUUGAAGAAAGAUUGUUAGCUACUACUUCUGGUGAAGAAGCAGAUAGUAAAAAUGGAAUGUUUGGAGUGCCCUCCUCCCAAAUAGGGGUUUUUAGAAAUAUAUAUAGACUUUAUCGAAUUAGAUUUCGGGUUGGCUUAUUUUUAUUAUAAUUGUAUAAUAAUUUGUCUCCCACCUUGUCGAAAAAGAGUUAUAAAGUGACUCUUCUGAGACGAGCUUUCACACGUGAAGUGUGCAAUUUGGGACUUACUAUAUAAGAAACUUUACUGAGCAAA